AUGGGCGAGCUUCCCAGGAACCGCUUUGCCAACACGCCGGCUCCGACCUGGGCCUUCUUCUCUGCCCGCGUCACUCUCGACAGCGAGAGCUGCAUUAUUAGCAUCAUCAUUGUUUUGGCUGGAGCCAUUGCACUUAUCAUCGGUUUUGGUAUCUCAGGUGGCUGGGUGUUUCCAGACAAUGCCGAGCAACCAUUCCUGAAAGCUCCCAGUAUGCUGUCUAUGCUACUGGAAUUUACAGGGAGACACUCCAUUAGAGUCACUACUCUCACCUCCGCUGGGAACAUCGGGGAGGAUGGAAUCCUGAGCUGCAUUUUUGAACCUGACAUCAAACUUUCUGAUAUCGUGAUACAGUGGCUGAAGGAAGGUGUUAUGGGCUUGGUACAUGAGUUCAAAGAAGGCAAAGACGACCUGUCAGACCAAGACGAGAUGUUCAGAGGCAGGACGGCUGUGUUUGCGGAUCAAGUGAUAGGUGGCAAUGCCUCUCUGAGGCUGAAAAACGUGCAACUCACAGAUGCUGGCACCUAUAAAUGUUACAUCAUCACCUCCAAAGGCAAGGGGAAUGCUAACCUUGAGUAUAAAACUGGAGCCUUCAGCAUCCCAGAGGUGAACGUGGACUAUAAUGCCAGCUCAGAGAGCCUACGGUGUGAGGCUCCCCGAUGGUUCCCCCAGCCUACAGUGGUCUGGGCAUCCCAAGUUGACCAGGGAGCCAACUUCUCAGAAGUCUCCAAUACCAGCUUUGAGCUGAACUCUGAGAAUGUGACCAUGAAGGUUGUGUCCGUACUCUACAAUGUCACGAUCAACAACACGUACUCCUGUAUGAUUGAGAACAACAUUGCCAAAGCCACAGGGGAUAUCAAAGUGACAGACUCGGAGAUUAAAAGGCGGAGUCACCUGCAGCUGCUGAACUCAAAGGCCUCCCUGUGUGUCUCUUCUUUCUUUGCCAUCAUCUGGGGACUCCUGCCUCUCUCCCCUUACCUGAUGCUCAAAUAA